GUUUAUCUAGAAACGCAAAUUACCAAAAUACCAUCUUGUCUUCUCUUCUGUGAAAUAUUUUUGAUCAUCGGAUUUGGGUGUAAAUAUCUUUCUCUUCUAAAUUUGCUAAAGCAAAAAGCAUCAAACUUUUCCUUGCUUCUCUCUUCUUUCUCUUCUAGCUUGAUACUUUUGAUUCUCUCCUCGUUUGCUGAAAAAUUCUCCUGUCGUUUAAUGAGAAUUGUUUUUCCUGGAAAUUGAAGUUCCAUGGCAAGAAUUUCUUUCAAGGAUUCUUUGAAAGCUCUCGAAGCUGAUAUCCAACACGCUAACACUGUAGCUCUAGAUUAUCCUCGGGAGAAGGAUGGAGCGCGUGUGCAAAUGAGACUAUCUUACAACCCGGCUGCUCAGUUUUUGCUUUUUCUUGUUCAAUGGACUGAUUGCCACCUUGCCGGUGCCCUCGGUUUGCUCAGAGUUCUUAUUUACAUGACAUAUGCAGAUGGGAAAACCACAAUGUCGGUUUACGAGAGAAAAACCAGUAUUAAAGAUUUCUAUGCUGUGAUAUUUCCAUCGCUGUUACAACUAGAAAGGGGUAUUACAGACCUGGAUGACCGCAAACAGAAAGAGGUCUGCAAAAUACGGUACAGAAACAAAGAUGAGAUCGAGAGGGUCAAGCUUUCAGAGAUUGACAUCGAGAGAGACGAAGAAUGUGGGAUUUGUAUGGAGAUGAACAACAUGGUUGUUCUCCCCAAUUGUACACAUUCUUUAUGCAUCAAGUGUUACCGUGAUUGGCAUGGGAGGUCAGAGUCAUGCCCUUUUUGCCGGGACAGUCUAAAGAGAGUAAACUCAGGAGACUUGUGGAUGUUGAUGGAGAAAUCAGAUACGGUAAGUCUCUAUACAGUCGAGAGGGAGAAUAAGAAAAGGCUGUUUGUGUACAUAGAGAAGCUACCUUUAGUGGUUCCAGAUCAAGUGUUUGCUUCUUCUCCUUAUGAUUGCCAUGUCAAGUGAAGGAAGAAGAAGAAGAGCUUUUAUAAAAAGCCGAAACCGGUUCUAAUUAACUUUAUCUGAAUGUAUAUAAUGCUUUAGAUUAGUAGUAAGUAAUAUAUAUAUAUAGUAACCAUUUCUCGGGGGAAGUCCAUUUCUACUUGCUUUUGUGUUUUUUUCAAUGUGCAUUUGGUUUUUGGUUCCCAAACUCUUUAUUUCUAUUGUACAAUCACGAAACCUCUACUUUAUCAAGAAGUGGCUUUUACUCGCUACUAAUCUACA